CUUUAAAUUGCGCAUGCGCCACACAGGGACACACGCAACACUGUUUAAUGGUUAGACCGCAUUUAUUGCUGUAUAAAGUGGUGUAAUGCUGACGGUGUGUUGAAAAAAGUUUGUAUAAAUGAUCAGAGAGCCUCGUCCCGCAGUGAGCUGCUGGUAGGUCCUUCCUAAAACCAAAAGUGAAAGUUCAGCUGCAGCUUUGUGUUUUCAUCUCAUCUUGGAUCUCUGCAUUAGAAAAAGACGGAAAACUGCAUAAUGACGAUUGAAGUCUUUUUAUUUGGAUGCUUCUUGACCUGCGUUUGUGCUGAGGGCGUUGCCGAUGUCGUGCUAUCCUGCAGCCUAGUGGAGGAUGGAAUCGGUUUCAGUCAGACUCCAGCGACUCUUGUCUUAAGAGACAUUUCAGUCGGUCCAGAGGAGCCACUGGAAAUGCUCACUCCCUUCGUCCCACCUUCAGUUCCUGAUCCGAAUGCCAUCCUGUUUGAGGCCCGAGCGGGACCAUCAACUGAGAUCCCCAACGGAGACUUGUUGCUCCAUGCAGAUUGCAAUGAGCAAGAGGUGAUGUGUGAAGUAAGCCGGUUUUCCCCCCACCGCUCCAAAGAAGGCUCAGAACUGACCUAUUUCAUGGUGUCCCUAAACGUGAAAGGAGGGGGGUUCAGCACUGCUUUGAUUCUUCAGCCUUUGAAGAUCGAGAACGAGCCAUCAGGGGCAAAGCCCCUGAUACAAAACAAACUGGGCUUGCCUCUUAGCCAAGGUGGAACUCUGCUGACUGAAGUGGUAUUCCUGGUAUUUUCUCACACUAAGUCUGUUACUGCCCCUGUGAGAGGUGAUGCUCUCCUCGCUUGUGGCUUCAGACAGCAGGAGAUGUCCCGAACGCAGGAAGUGGGCGUUGAAUGGCGGCUGCAGCACAAAGGAAAGGGGCAAAAAGUGCUUGAGAUGAGGACAAGUCAGGCUGGAACAGACGUGAACACAGUGGUGAAUGUUCAGAGGAAGGGCUCAAGUGUGGACGCCGCCCUGGUGGUUAGUGAUGGUAAUGCCUCUAUGGCUCUGACCAACCUGAUGGUUUCGGACGUGGGGACAUAUAUCUGUACAGUCAGUGUCGGCUCUUUCUACGCCCAGCAGGUCAUCCAGCUCCAUAUUACUCAGCCGCCCCAUGUUUCACUGUCUGAGGAGAAGCUGGUUUUGAAGGAAGGAUCACAACAAACCCUGAGCUGCCACUGCACAAAGUACUAUCCACUGGACGUUCAGAUGGAGUGGUUAUGGUCCGUUCCCACAGAUGCAGAGCCCGCUGGGCUUCCAGAUCAGGGCUCUCUCUCCAGCCAUCGGCAGCAUGGUGACGGCACGUACUCUCUGACCUCUCACGUCAUUGUGCCCUCCAGUAUCUCUCCUGGAACCGCCAUCACCUGCAGGGUGUCUCACCCAGCCCUGGACACACCUCUCUCCGUUACAGUGGUGGUAGAAAGUCCAGAACCAGGUUCAGAUUCCUACUGGUUCAUUCUGGGGUUCCUGGUCAUCACUGGACUGUUCUUCUACCAGGUCAUGAGAUAAGUCAGUCAAUCCAUCUGAGCAUCAUGACCUCAAACCAAGACCACAAGGACUUUAUUUUCUGCUUUCUAUCCUAAAUGAAAUUAAAUAAAAUUUUAUGUAUAUAAAUGUCAUAAUUUGAUAGAGGGAGAGAGAGGAAGUUUUUUUUAAAAUACUCUUUGCCAUUCUCUUUUUUUCUGAUCUUACUACCCCUAUACAAGUGCACAUGUAGUAGCAUAUCCGUAAACAGGGGGCAACCCCCCCACGAGACCACGGAAACCAUAUUUUUCAUGCUAAAAAUAAAUAAAAUGGAACUCAGUGGGAGAAAUCAUUUAAAAAAAAAAAAAAAAAAGAUCUGUAUCUGGCUCAAAAAUGUAAAACUCGCAAAAGACGACUCCUCAAAAUGUCAUUAAAAUCCAGUCAUGUGUUUUGAGAUAUCAUUCCAAUAUUUCAAUGUUACAAAUAAACCAAAAACUUUAUGUUGAUGUCUUCCUGACCGCUGUUACUUCUGUCAAACCCGAGAAACAUAAAAAUUUAACAUUGGGAUAAACAAAUCUGAUUGCAUGUUUUCAGUCUUAUUUGUUUUUCUGGUAACAGUUUAGGGCUCGGACAAGAAAAAAGUAGGUAAGCGGAUGAGAGAGUUCAACCCAGCCAGCUUGAAAACCAAUAUCGCAUAACCUCUACUGCCCUCCACUGAUCGGUACAAUAAUUACGAGCAAGAACAUUAUCCAAAUGUUGGUCAAACAUAUUACUGCAGUUACAAACAAAUCUCUCUCUCAGGGUAGAAGGAUUACAUUAGAUUAUUACUGCAGACUUUUCCUGACUUUGCAUCACUGCUUUACAUAAACUACACUUGAAAAUAAAGCAGCAACAAACCAUCUGGGAUAUGACCUAAUUUAUGUAUUUAAUAUACAGGCCGCAUAAUAUUAACCUUCCCUGCAAAAAGUGUCACUUUUUAAAACAUGCUCCUGGUACUUGAGUUAUAUUGUUUAUUUUGAUAUUAUUUUAAAAAAAAAAGUGCAGAAAUGCUGAAAAAUUGAUUUGCAUAAGUUCAUUAGGUAAGUUUUCUGUUUGAUCAUUUCUCCUGCCAGAGAGCAGGCGUGAGCGGAGGUUUGAUGUCGGAGCACACAGGCUCCUAAAUCACUCAAUGAAGGACCUCAGUCUGUUUGCUGUAAACUGGUUGGAAGCUUGCAUGCUCCCAUUUUUUUUGUAACAAGUUCUGUUGAUUAAUGGUAUUAUGUCAUGUCUCACUGGUGUAAAUAAAAGGUGUUUCUUUGU